AUGAAAGGAAAAGAGAUCACAAAGGAGCACAAUUACAAGAGGGUCAUACUGUACACAGAUUGUAAAGGUCUAGUAGAAGGCAAAGACAAGAUCAAGCCGAAAGAAAAACUAGACUGGCAUAUAAGGAGAGAAGUUAGCAACUUAAACAGAAAGGGCACAGAAAUAGAAAUAAGGUGGACACAAAGAUCGAACACAAAUAUGAAACUGGCGCAUAGAAAAGCACAGGAUAAGGCACAAGAGGAAAACAUAACAUGGGAAAGGAUACAAUACGAGGGCACAAGCAGAAAACAAAGACGGGAAACUCGGAAAGAGAAAGUCAGGGACAAAUGGCAGAAAUACUGGGACGAAACAGAUAAGGGUCGUACGACACAUAAGCACUGCAGAGGAGUAGGAUAUCAACAAAUAGAACUGACAAGUGAAGCAGUCCAACUUAUAACAGGACAUGGAAAUUUCAAAAAAUAUAUAAAUAGAUUCAAACUAAAAGAAGCAGCGGAAGGAACCUGCAAUUGCGACAUGGAGGUAGACCAAACAAACGAACACAUAAUGUACGAAUGCCCAAAUGAAACACCAAGCCAAGCAAGAAACGACAUAAUAACAAAAUAUGGAGACAACAUUAUAAUGAUUAGAGAAAUAAGAGAACAGGCGAACAUGAAUCAGAUACAGAAACUAAUUGAAUGGGCAGAGAUGGUUGUGGAAGACUUGGAGGACAGAUAUAAAAACGGGCUCCCUGCUAAUUUUUAA